UAAUUAAAAAUAAAUUUAAUAUUUAUUUAGAAGAUAAAAUUAUAAAAAAAAUGGUUUGUCGGAUAAGUUUCAGAGGGCAUUUCUAUGAAUUUGUUGUUCCCGCAUUUGGUUGCUAUGAAACCAGAUUGUUUUAUCUGUAAAACCGUAUUGCGUAGAUUAGCUAUUGACUGCGUUUUUCCCGAAUAUUAAACUACAUUUGAGAAAAUAUUUGUCAUCGUUAUGAGCUGUCAUACGAUUUUCCAAAGCAACCUUAAUCAGAUCCGGACUUGGUGAUAGUUUAACUAUUUAAGAACAAUGUCUUUUCUAGGAAUAUAAGUAUAGUAAUUUUAAAAAUCAGUAAUAAUCAAACUUAUUGCAGAAGCAGAAACGUUUAGUCGAUUUAAAUACUUCCUUUAUUGAAGUCGAUUAUACAGUAGCUUGAGUUACUCUUUAUGACAUUACCUACGGCUAGCCGGGAGAAAAGAGAUGAAACAAACACACAGAGAGACAAAAAUGUAACAAAUUGCAUUUCCGAUAUAAGCCUAGUUUUUCUUGUGUUACUGGAAAGAUAUUUUGAUAUUACAAACAGACGCUCUGAAUCCAUCUAAUAAUAUAUAUAAUAGACACGCUCCUGACCCUACAAGAUCAGCUUGAACCAAUCAAAGAAGAUUUCAAAUCGGUAUUAUUUCUUGACCGUUUGUAUAUUUUUAUGACACAUGGUAUAUAAAUAAAGAUUUUGCAAAGCAUAUCUUUGUACAUCACGAUGAUAUAAGUCAAAGUAAAUAAAUACAAUAUCAUCUCAUUCAACCUUCGGAUGUUUACUCGAGAUCAAAGCCAGCAUGUUCCGCUAUACAGUUAUAUGGAGACGAGGAAAAAAACUAACAUAUUUAUUCCCAUUUACAAUAUUAAGUUAAAUGUAUCAAAUCUCUUACAGUGAAAUAAAUCUCUAGUAGAUUAUAAUUUAUGUUUCUCCAGCGGAUGUAUCGUACCCGGUGGCGCAAACAAUCAUAUAUAUCACUAUGAAUUAUUUUUAUUCUUUCAAAUCUAAUGUGAUUUAAAGCAUUCGUAUGCUUACCAAGAGUAAGCAUCGUAACGCUACAUAGUAUUAGCAGUUUUCAUUCAUAAAUCUUGUACAUUACAGUAUAGAGAGACGGAAAACGCUUCGUAUGUUGUGUUAAUUAGCUCUAAGCAUACUUAUGGUAAUAGUGAUGAUUAACCAGGUGGUACAGUCAGCAACAGUCUCCAGUCAGGUUGACAACAGCAUAACAUAUGUGAUAUAUAUUAUGCUGUUAUUGUAAUUUUUAACAAGCGCUUGUCCUCGGCUCUCUUCAUCUCAAUUACAGCUAAACUAUAUUUCUAGUAUAUUAAUCAUUAGCCACGUUGCUUAUAGUCUAGUCAAAGUCUCUUUAGCAAUAAAUCUGAAUAUAUGAUGACAUAUUAAUCCGCUAACUGGGACACCUCCCAAUGCCGCAGUAUCAUCCCGAUCAGUUUCCUUAUCAUAAGUUGUUAUCUUCACACUACAUACAGAGCGUUUGCAGUAUUCAUUUCUAUACUUACUUAGGGUCGUCGUAAGCAAAGAUUUUUGAAUGUUAUAUUUGAAACGACUUAAAAUUAUAGUAAGGGGUCAGAGCUCAGUCUAGACUCCCUUAUUGUGAAAGUCUUUCAGAUUCAACAUAGGACGAAUAAAUAACUUAAGAAAGUUUCCGAAUAACUUAAUACGAGUAUUGAUUUCAUCCAGUAUAAAAGUAUAAUUGAGUGUUUUUAUUAUUUUUUUUCUUUUUCUUAUUUUGGAAACGGUUCAUGUAGAGACUGAUUUUUCAAUGCUUGACUGAAAGACAAAAUUGCGUCUAUUUAAAAUUGUUUCAAAUCCAAAAAAAAUAAUUAUUUCGGGGGUUAUCGAUAAUAUAGCGACAGAUGAAGAUAGUAAAAUAAUUACGGUUUUUUGGCACUUCACUCCCUACUGUUCAUGCUCCACUCCGCUACUGUUUUUGGUGAAUUUCCUCAAUGUUAUAAAUACAUUGAACAACGAUAAAAAUAUUUCUCUUAAAAACAAUGUGAAUUCUAUUGUAUCCUAAAAUCUGCUUUAAGACUAAAAACCUACAAAUAGCUUUAAAAAUAAAUAACGAUGUGAUUGUGUCUUAUGAUACACAAAUCAAUAUACCAAGCGAUAUUUUGUGGUUCGCUCAAUAGUUAGUAAUGUGUCGGACAACGUGUCUUGGAGCGCCGGUCGUCUACUUACGAAAGUCGUGAACUCGAGGAGGUCGCGACCCUGGCAGCGAGAAAUUCCUAUUUUGCAACGAUUUAGUGCUUCGACGACAGUUGCACCAGCUCCUUAGUUAAUUAGUUACCUGCAAUGACUCGCCAUCUACUUUGGCUUGUUCUUUAUCUCAUACCGUUUGUGAACUUACAAGAGGCGGUUGAUAGUCAAAAAGCAGAAGAGACGGAAAAUGAAGUUCAAGAUAUCGAAUUGGAGGCAGCUUGUCCCGAACUCAGCGGACAGAUCAUCGGAGGCCGACCGAGUUCAGUGUCGCGACAUCCUUACCAAGUGUCCAUGGUGCUGAACGGAAACUCCUUCUGUGGUGGCUUUAUAAUAAGCAGAGAUUAUGUGCUAACAGCGGCACAUUGUGUCCAGAAUGUAGCACCGCAAGCUGUUCGUCUGCGUGUGGGCAGCACUCGUCGUGACUCUGGAGGUCGUAUUGUGGCCGUCUCCAAUGUAACAUGGCAUGCGUCGUACGGCCAGCCGCAGUUCGACAACGAUAUAGCAGCCUUAAGACUCGCCCAGCCUCUGGUCUUCGGAGACUCCAUACAACCCAUUAGACUUCCGAGACCCAGACAACCUGUUCCCUUGGUCAGGCUGACGGUUACUGGAUGGGGUCUCACUGCUUUGGGGGGACGUAGAAUUCCCAGGAUCAUGAUGGAGGCUAACGUUCCAGUAGUCCCUCACUGGCUCUGCCGACUGUCUUACGGAGACGCUCUCACAAAUAACAUGUUUUGUGGUGGACAUUUUCUUAUAGGAGGAGUUUCAUCGUGUCAGGGUGACUCCGGAGGGCCGGCGGUGUUCCGCGGGACAGCUUUCGGCAUCGUGUCAUUCGCUCGGGGCUGCGCCCUGCCGCUAUCACCGACUGUGUUCAGUAACGUCGCUGCCCUGCGGGAUUGGGUCACACAGAACACCGGAGUUUAAGCAAAAACAUCUCUAUUACUGUAUAACAAGACAUAUAUUCCUCUAAAUCUAAUGCGAUAUAAAUAAGUCUUCGUU